AUUGCGCAUUGCCAGGGUGUCCAAGUUGCCGAGGUUCAGAUGAAAGGAUCCAACGUCGAACGAGUUCGCGAGGUCCAGCUACUAGUACUCACAUCGUACAUUUCACCUCGUCGACACACUCUACAAUUCUACAACUCCUGCGACGACGCUCUUAAUCCCCUCUAUCACUCUCAAUUUAGGACCUGUCCAGAGAAGCUGAUAGAGAUAGAGACCUGGCAUCUGGAACCACGCAGACGAUGCCUGCAACGAUGGCUACGCCGGCGAGCACGUCAUAUCGACCUCGUCGCCAUAAGCUGCGAUCGUACACUUCCACCUUGAUCGUCGCCGUGACACUGCUGCUAUCGACAUUCUCAUGCACGGCAGUAACAGCAUCAUCGAGAGGCACCCCUGAUACUCUGGAGCUCCGACGGAUAGCGAACGAAAGCCUCCUCUGGGGGACUUAUCGUCCGCAACUCUACCACGGAAUCAGAGCUCGGCUGCCGAAGAGCCUGAUGACGGGGUUGAUGUGGCACGGGUUGAACGAUUAUCCUUCUCAUCGAGAAAUCCGGCACACCUGCGAACAAUCCGACAGCCUCACCUCAUACGCCUAUACGCAACACGACGGGCGUACCUAUUCCUCCCAAGAGUUGGUCGAUGGGAAGAAUAACAUCAAGAUCACUACAAAAUUCUUGAAAAGUGAAAGCGGGGAUGGAUGGGUAGUUAGGGUUCGGGGGGAGGUUAUCGAUCCUGGCAAGAUCUCCAGGACGAGCUUGAUCUAUCAUUUCGGUCUUGAAGGGUUAGGAGAGUUACGGUUAGAGUCGGAGAUCGAUGAGGAGGGCAUCGAAGGGGACGUCGUCUUGAUCGGUAAUUCGGUAGAGCUGGGUGAUUUCAGGAUCAGGAUCGUGGAUCACCCGGACUCUGCCCGUGAUCUGCGCGCACGACACCAUGCCGAUUUCGUAGAUUCGACGACCAGGACGACUUUCGCCGGUGCGGCCAUUCCUGACGGUGAUGUCUGGCGGGUCAAGGACAUGGUCAACCAAGCCAUCAUACAAAAGGCGGGGUCGAUCAUGCAGAGAUACGGACCCGAGAACCCGCCCGACCCGGCUUAUCUGUUCAGGCUGAACAACGUCAUCCAGCCGGGCGCAAACGUCUUAGCCUUUCAGAAAGUAGGGGUCGGGGCCGAUGUUACUGGGGGAGGUCCGUGGGGGUUUGACGUUUUCUUCGAAAAGCUCGACGGGAGUUCUGUGGAUUGGGACUACGACACGCUCUCGCAAGCCUUUGCUGCCAAGUCGGCGGCGUAUGACAAAAAGUUCGCCUCUUCAUUUGACCUGCCUGAAGAGUAUUCUAGCGACGAGUACGUGCGUUUUGCACAGGAGAUGACGGCCAGUAUGAUCGGGGGGAUCGGAUACUUCCAGGGGGAAUCCAUCGUCGACCGGUCGUUCAAGCAGUCCUACGAUGACGACGAGGAUGAAGAGGAUGAAGACGAGGACGAAGACGAAGACGCUGAUGAGAAGUCGGUCAUCACCAAGCCCAAGGGACCCAUCAUGGUCGGUCCUACCGAGCUGUUUACCGCUACGCCGAGUCGAAGCUUCUUCCCUCGAGGCUUUUACUGGGACGAGGGUUUCCAUCUGGCCAUCAUUGCCGAUUGGGACAACGAUAUUGCGCUCGACAUCCUGAAGAGCUGGUUCGAUCUGGUAGAUGAAGAUGGUUGGGUCGCACGAGAACAGAUCCUGGGUGCCGAAGCGAGGAGCAAGGUACCGGCCGAGUUUCAAACUCAAUACCCUUCAUACGCCAAUCCGCCUACGCUGGUGCUGGCGUUGACCAAGUACAUCGCCAAGCUGAAAGCUCAGACCGACGCCAACACCCUCGACAGCCAGCUAGGGUUCAACAGCGACGUGCAGCUCAAGGUAACGGACGACAUUGCCGAUGCCCACCUGAACAGUCCGGACCUCGCCGAGUCGUAUCUUCGAUCGAUCUACCCGGCAUUGCGUCGCCACUACCUCUGGUUCCGACGUACCCAAAAGGGACAACUGCGCGAAUGGAAUCGCAGACCCAAAUCCAAGACCGAGGCGUAUCGUUGGCGAGGAAGGACCGACGAACAUGUCCUCACAAGCGGCCUCGACGACUACCCUCGCGCCAAACCGCCUCAUUCGGGUGAGCUUCACGUCGAUCUCAUGAGCUGGGUCGGCUUCUUUGCCAGGACCAUGGGUGAGGUCGCGGAAUACCUGGACGAGGCGGACGAUUUGAAGGAAUAUCGAAAGCACGAACGAGGUGUGCUUGCCAACCUGGACGAGUUGCACUGGAGCGAACAAGACAAGGCCUAUUGCGACGUCACCGUCGACGAAGAUGACGAAUCGGUUCAUGUCUGCCACAAGGGCUAUGUCACCCUGUUCCCCUUCUUCCUGCAGCACAUCCUAUCCGAAUCGCCUCACCUGAAAAAUAUCCUCGACUUGAUGCGCUCGCCGGCACACCUGUGGUCGCCUUAUGGUCUCAGAUCCUUGUCCAUGGCCGAUCCCAACUUUGGUGAAGGCGAAAACUAUUGGAAGGGUCCCAUCUGGAUCCAGAUGAACUGGUUGGCGCUCAAGGCAUUGUCGGACAAGUAUACGAAAGAACCGGGACCGCACCAACAGCUCGCCACCGAGAUCUACAAGGAGCUUCGUGCGAACGUCGUUGAGAACGUCUUCAAGGAGUGGAAACGUACCGGUUAUCUAUGGGAACAGUAUGAUGCCAAGAAUGGCGAGGGCCGGCGAAGUCAUCCGUUUACGGGGUGGACGGCACUGGUAGUUAUGAUCAUGACCGAACGCUAUUGAUUCAGAUGACCAUAGAGGUAAACCGGCCUUGUAUCGAUACAAAAGACAGCGCCGUCCAGGUCUGCCUGUUCAGAUACAUAGAUGACGACGAUAUUAUUGACGAACACCCGCUGUCUGUGCAGGCUAGGU